GAUCUCGUUCACUCAGCUGAUAUCCGAAGCGACAACACUGUUUCAAAGUCAACAGAAGUCAAUAAUACCCUUAUUGAUCGCGAUGACUACAAAAAUCAUCCCACUCUUAUCGAAAAAUUCGAUUGUUUGAGUGUGCAAACACCAUCUGGCUCUGAAGAAAAAAUUGAUGUAGUUCAGUUCGAGGAACCAGCGAGCAUAUUUAUUUCUCUUAGUACAAAAGAUCCUAUGCAAUCAAAAGUAGAAGCUGCUGUUAAUGAUUAUCCUGCGCCAAGACGACGAGGAAGACCACCAAAAUCCGAUAAAAAACGUGCUGCUGUGCCAAGAUUGUGUCAAAAACAAACCAUGAAUAAACGGAAAAAUAUUGUUCCAUCAAUUAAUAGAAAAAAAUAUUCAUCGCCGGCUUCAAUAUACUCUGAAGAUGACUCUGGUACUGACAAAAGAAGUCUUUACAAUAGAAUGGAACGAAAAAGGAGAAUCGACAUGAAUAAUGCACUUAAUAAUUUAAGAUGUUUAAUACCAAAUCUUCAAUAUAAAGUUAACGCAUCGGUCAUUUCUACUUUACGUGAAGGACGUCAAUAUUGCAGGGAGAUUCAUCGAACCGAGAGAAAUUUAAUAGCUCAAAAAGUAGGGCUGGAAAAACGCCAAUAUGAAUUAAUGAGGAAGUUAAGUGCACUAAGAAGACACUUAGCUCAACACCGUAAAAAAUAA